GGAGAGCAGAAAACAACAAACAAGAUAGGGUGAGGACCGUCGGGAUGGAUGCAGCUACCUUGACGUAUGACACACUUCGCUUUGGAGAGUUUGAAGAUUUUCCUGAGACCUCGGAGCCAGUGUGGAUCCUAGGCAAAGAAUACAAUGCACUCGCAGAGAAAGACGAGAUUUUAUCAGACGUCACUUCACGACUGUGGUUCACAUACAGAAAAAACUUCCCUCCGAUUGGUGGAACAGGACCAACAUCAGACACAGGAUGGGGUUGCAUGUUACGAUGUGGACAGAUGAUCCUUGGUGAAGCCUUGUUGUGUCGACAUUUAGGAAGAGACUGGAGAUGGGCCACAGACCAGAAACAAAGAGAAGACUACAUCAGUAUUCUCAACGCCUUCAUUGACAAAAAAGACAGCUAUUAUUCCAUCCAUCAAAUCGCUCAAAUGGGAGUUGGAGAGGGAAAGCCCAUAGGUCAGUGGUAUGGACCAAACACAGUGGCUCAGGUUCUAAAGAAGCUGGCAGUGUUUGAUACAUGGAGCAGAUUAGUUGUACACGUGGCAAUGGACAACACUGUGGUCAUCGAGGAGAUCAAACGCCUCUGUAUGCCGUGGCUGGACGCUGCAGGAGCCUGUGCAGAAGCAGCGGGAGUCUCAGAACUGAAUGGCUGCCUGGAGGGAGCGUGUGCUCUGGCUGAGGAGGAGACGGCUCUGUGGAGACCUCUGGUCCUGCUCAUCCCCCUCAGGCUGGGCCUGAGUGACAUCAAUGAGGCAUACAUCGAAACACUCAAGCAAUGCUUCAUGCUGCCACAGUCUCUGGGUGUGAUCGGAGGGAAACCCAACAGUGCCCAUUACUUCAUCGGUUACGUGGGAGAGGAACUCAUCUACUUGGACCCACACACCACACAGCUCGCAGUGGAGCCGUGUGACGACGGUCAGGUCCCCGACGACACGUACCACUGUCAGCAUCCACCAUGUCGCAUGCACAUCUGUGAGCUGGACCCGUCCAUCGCAGCGGGUUUCUUCUGCAAAACAGAGGACGAGUUUGACGACUGGUGUAUGCGCAUAAGAAGGCUGUCCUGCAAAAAAGGGGGUCUCCCCAUGUUUGAACUGGUAGACAGUCAGCCAUCUCACAUGGUCAGCAUCGACACCCUAAACCUUACUCCUGACUUCUCAGACUCGGACCGGUUGGAGCGAUUCUUUGACUCGGAAGACGAAGAGUUUGAGAUUCUUUCCCUGUGAGGAAAAAGCGAACAAUGAUUUACUGUUGACGACAGUAGGCGAGAGAUUCUCUGUCUCUUCUCUGUAUCAGAAGGAAAAGCCGGAGGGGGAGAACAAUCUCUGGAGUCCUCUUCAGCUUGUCCAGCUCCAGCUCCAGCGGCAUAGUCAGUGUGUGUGUGUGUGUGUCACACAGCGUUGUUCUCUGAUCAACUUCCCGAUUACUCUCUGUAUCCAACGUCGACACCGUCCUGACGUAGCAGGAGCUCAGGAUAAAAUCUGUAUGCACAUCUUUACAUAUAUGUGUUUGCAUUAUGAGUCUUAACACUUCAAAUGUUUAUUCUGGGCUGAUUAUGGUGCCUUUCCCAGACUCCAUAAGUAAAAAUAUUGCCAUAACAGUUUUAUGUUGUAUAGAACAUGAUGGAUCAUGACGCCCAUGGCUUCCGCGAUUUGUCACUAAUGACUGUAACAGCCUGUAAUGAAACCAAAAUAAGUCGAGCCUUCACACAACUUGUGUUAAUUAUUCCAUGCCAAGUUUGAACAUAUACACUCGUUCAUUUAAAGAUUAUUUAUUUAAUCUACACAAUAUAUAGACAUGUAAGAGGAUUAAAAAUCGAAAAAAAUAAAAUCCCAACCACUCACUCA